AUGUUUGCCAGACCAGUAGCGUCGGGCAUCCUCCGCCAUGCCGCACGCCCUGCUGCGUUCCGAGCCAGCUUCGCCAACAAGCUCGUCGUUCCCUUCCAGACCCGUCUCUUGUCCGACAAAGUCCGCGCUGCCAUUGAUGAGGCUGUUGGCUCUGCCCCUGUUGUCCUUUUCAUGAAGGGCACCCCUGAGCUGCCUCAGUGCGGCUUCUCUCGCGCCGCCAUCCAGAUCCUUGGUGUUCAGGGAGUCAACCCCGAGAAGUUUGCCGCCUUCAACGUCCUCGAAGACAGCGAACUGCGCGAGGGUAUCAAGGAGUACUCCGACUGGCCCACGAUUCCCCAACUAUACGUCGAAAAGGAGUUCAUUGGUGGCUGCGAUAUCCUCGUAUCCAUGCACAAGAACGGCGACCUGACCAAGAUGCUCGAGGAGAAGAAGCUUGUCGUCGAAGGCGAGGGCGAGGGCGAGCAGUAA